GGAAGUACACAGCCCACUGUACGUUACCCUGACGGAGUGACUUUGGGUCUCUGUUGAUCAUAACUCGGAAACUCUAAUAUUUCCUUUAAGAGUCGAAUUUACUCCCGCAGAAUUUGUUCAACAACAGGACAAUACAUAGAACCAAAUAAAGAUCAUGGACAAGCUGGUGUCACAGAAGGACAAACUCCCUUUGUGGCUUUCAAGUGACCCUGAUUACAUCCUGAGGCAGUGUGGGGAUAUUUUAUCUAUGAAUGAAUAUUUCGGGGUACAGACUCAAGGCAGUCCACUAGAUAAAAUGAAAGCACUUGUGAAAAUAAUAAUGCAAAAGGAAGGAGGCGCCCCUCAGCGCUUCUUGGACAUUCUGCUGCAACAUCAGGCACGCUACCAACAACUGCAGCAGUUUUUCAACUCCAACACUGAAGGAUCAUCCAAACCAACAGUGUUUGCCAAUAGUGGCAGUGUUGUUGAUGUCAGAGAACUAACAAAUGUCAAAGGAAAAUCCCUCAACGCAAAGAUUGAAACAAUUACUGGUGCAGGAAGUCGUCUGACUGGAAAUGCUGCUGGACAGGUCCCCCAAGCAGAUUUCACUGCAUGUGAUGGAAGUGUGAUCUGCGCUGGCAAAAUGACCAAUGUCGAGGUCGAUGGUGACAUAAAUCUAUCAAUAAAUGUGAAACCAUCACAACAAAUUCUCCCAGGGAAGUUAGAUGAGACACCGCCAUACUCUCAGGGCCCUGCUGUGGAAACGGUCACUGAGCACAAGGUGGAACUCAUUGACUGCCUGAGGGCGGAUCACUCCUUCAUUCUGCAGCAUGUGCAUGCCAAACACAUCGUCACGGACAGACAGUAUCAGAAUCUGAAGCAUAUCUCACAGCCAGAACAAACUGUGACUAAUCUGAUUGAUCAAGUGAUUAUGAACGGUCAAAAUUCCUGCUCUCUUUUUCUUGAUGUUCUCAAUGAGCCUGAUAUUGUCACAACUUAUCCACAGCUCAGAGAAAUUACUCAAAAAAUGGUGCUAAGCAAUAGUGGAACCAGUGUAUAAGCCAUUAUUUGAAAUGCGGCUGAAAAAGACAACUGUAGGCCAACUUUUGGAAAAUUUGGUUGUGAAGAUAUGUGAAGUUUUACUUGUUUGCCAUUAACAUAAUUCUAAACUAGUGUAUUCAUGUGUGGUUGUACUUUUAUAUCAACAUCCUUUUUUGUAUUUAUCCUUAUAAAUUGUACUUCUGAUUUCUAUUUUACGCAUAGUGAGCCUUCUCCACUCUGAGUCUGAAAGCGAGGUAGUUUCCACAGGAAAUGUAAAGGGAGGGGGCCAAAGGUUGUUCUAUAACAGUCACAUACACAGGAUGGUCAGUUCUUUGUGCUUUGUCUCAGCUGGAGUAAGAGUCUCUCUUGAUGUGAUAUUUUUAAAAAAGCUGGUUUAUACCAGCAAUGUACCCGUAUUAAAAGAAUGGUGCUAAUAUAUAUAUAUAUUUUUUUAAAGAUAAAAAAAGCAGGUUUGUGGGUUGAGUCCUUGUCAGGCAAGAGCAGGCAUGUUGUGCUUGCAGAGCACACCAGACCAUCCUGGGUGUGUUUGUUGUUGUUCUGGGACACCUUGUCAAUUUACACCUACAUGAAUUGUGCCUUUUCAAAAUACACUUAUGUUUUCACAAGAAGUGUAUAGUCUCUGUUGAUAACAUGCAUACAGGUUGUAUUUUUAAAUAAACACACAACUUUGGUAAAACA